AUGGUGUUGGAUUUGGAUCUGUUUCGUGAGGACAAAGGCGGCGAUCCAGAGAGGGUUCGCACAAAUGUUCGGAACCGUUUCGCACACACAGAGAGUGUGGAUCAAGUGAUUGAUUUGGACAACAACUGGCGUAAGACUCGUCACAAUUUGGAUCAAUUGAAUAAAGCGAAGAAUCAGAUCUCGAAAGAGUACGGAAAUCGUAUGAAAUUAUUGAGAAAUGCGAGCAAAGAAUCGCCUGAAGAACAGCCGACGACUCCUACCACUAAAGAUGUCUUUGAUUUAAAUGAAUUGUUAACAAAAGUGAAUGAAAUCAGUGGCGAACAGUCUUUGGAUUACUUAAAGCAUUUGCGACAACAAGUCGAGGAACAGAUCAUUAAAUUGACAGACAUUUUGAAUGAAUUAGAAGACAAGAGGAAUAAUAUAUUGCGUGAAAUCGGAAAUCUGUUGCAUCCGGACGUUCCCAUCAGUGCUGAUGAGGACGAGAAUGCGGUGAUCAGAACGUGGGGUCAGUUCAACAAUAAGGCGGACCAAUUAGAAGGCGAUCACAAACUCCACUCUCACGUGGACUUAAUCCAAAUGAUUGGUGGCGUCGACACCGAACACGGCUCAGACAUCGCCGGUUCGCGGGGUUUCUUCCUGACCGGAGCCACCAUUUGGUUACAACAGGCGCUCAUCCAAUACUCGCUCCGAUUCCUAUCCGACGCCGACUUCGAGCCCAUAUAUACACCGUUUUGGAUGAGAAAAAGUCUCAUGAGUUCUGUCGCACAGUUGAGUCAAUUCGAUGACGAACUUUACAAAAUCAUAUCAAACAAAGACAGUGAAGACUCGGAGGACAAGUAUCUGAUCGCCACAUCCGAGCAGCCAAUCGCGGCUCUGCAUCGCAACGAAUGGUUGAAUCCAUCGAUUUUGCCGAUAAAAUAUGCGGGACUUUCGACUUGCUUUCGACAGGAAGUGGGCGCUCACGGGAGAGACACGCGCGGCAUCUUUCGGGUCCAUCAGUUUGAGAAGAUUGAACAGUUUGUGAUCAGUUCUCCGGCCAAGUCUUGGGAUUACUUCCACGAAAUGAUACAAAACGCCGAAAAGUUCUACCAAUCGUUAGGCAUUCCGUACCAAAUCGUGAGUAUAGUGUCGGGCGCUCUGAACAACUCGGCGGCCAUGAAGUACGACUUGGAGGCCUGGUUUCCGGGCUCUCAGGCGUUCCGGGAAUUGGUGUCGGUUUCCAACUGCACUGACUAUCAGUCCCGUAAUCUACAGACCAGAUUCGGUCAGACGAAGAAAAUGACGGGUCAAGUGGAGUACGUGCAUAUGCUUAAUGGCACUCUCUGUGCCGUCACGCGAGCCAUAUGUGUCAUUCUAGAAGUACAUCAAACACCGGAAGGCAUUCGAGUUCCCCAACCAUUGCAACCAUUUAUGCCCAAAAAGUUUCAACAGUUAAUUCCUUACUGCUUAGGUAACGGGAGAUUUAUUGACUAA